AUGUCGUAUCCGUCGUCACAAGGGAACUGUAUCGUUUCUGCCUCCGGCUCGAAUUCUUCUCUCGGUGCUUCAAAUGAUCUCGUCACCACCACGACUCCUUCGUACGACUGCGUGGAGCAUCCUCAUUCCCACAGAACGCCUCAACAAGCUCCGGAUGACCCUCUCGACCAGAAUGGGGCAACGUUGUUCGGGAUCGUUGACGGCAACGCGCCAAUGGAUGCGCUCGGCAAUGCGACCGCCUUUUGUCCAUUGAACGUCGGCUAUCUUUCGCCUCGCCAAAACAAUGCCUCGAAUUACGAGUUCCAGGGCAUCUAUAUUCCCUCCGCGUUCAAUUCGUCGUCUCCUUUCGAAGGCAUCGUUGCUCAAUCCCCCUCAACGACCCCGCGCCACUCAACCCUCCCAACCCUCCCGAUCCCCGACUUCUUCUUCAACCUUCCUGCUCUAACCCUCGCAUCCUCUUCACCAUACGGUACACCGAACACCGACGGCGGGAACACUGGUGGAACUCCUGGUUAUGGCCUUGACGAGCCUGUGAACGUCGCCGGUGUCACCCUUGACGGUGCGCAAGAUCGGAAGCGGUCGACUUCCCCCCGUUUCCGUUGGAACCCCCGCUGCGAUGCCCCGGGUUCGUCUUCAUAUCAGCCGCGUUAUCUCGAGGUCCCCGCUCCGUUCAGGUCCUAUGACACCGCCGAAGAAAUCCCCGCUGAAGGCUUGGCCAAGGGCAAGGGCAAGGGCAGAGCCGGGGGGUCUUCCAAGCCGCAGUUCGAUUCGAAGGACGCGCGCAUCUUCACCUUGCCGGGUGUUGACCAGCCGCUCGCCGCAAGCGCUCAGCGGUGGACACAAGCGCUCAGUGUCGAGACCUACUGUGGUCAAGUCGCAACUCCCGCGGAGAACCUCGGGCAACGCGUCGAAGAGGUACCCAAGACUCCUUACCGCGGGACAAUUCGUGCAAACUUGGAAAGGAUCGAAGGAGAUGUCGCCGGCGGUGCAGGUUCGGUGGCGCACGAACGCUCAUCCCAGCAUGAUGGCAGUUUGGAUGCCCAUUGGAACAUGGGACUAGACUUCCCCUGGGCCGCGAUGCGGGCAAACUACUCGCUCGACCCGCACGAUCAGCGUCUGCAAUGCGAAUUUAUGCACGAAGGGCCUUCAUGCAUUCGACUCCUGCCACCGCAGCUGCUUCCUCCGCGAAUCCUUGUUUCACAGCCUUCGCUCUCGCUCUCACCCGCCCCAGGGAUCUCUCCCGUUGAUGUCGAACACUCGCCAUCGCCACCGCCGCGGCCUCCUACCGCACCUGCUCCCGUCCACAACUUUACCUUCUUGCCCCCUGUGAUUCGGAAGGAUCUGGAGGGCCAGAGCUACGAUUCCGUUCGUCGCCAUAUGGACAAGAAGGACAAGAAGCGCAAGACCAGCCCCAGCCUCGACGCUUCCCCGGCCGGGAGCCCCAGCGGGAUGCAGCAGGCGGACUCCCCGGUUGCUGGGCCCAGCAAGAGGCGGAGGGCGACCAAGACCCCUGCCGCGAGUCCCGAGCGCAAGCGCAAGGACCGCAAGUCUCCCGGCGCCGCUUGA